CCAAUUUGUGAAUUGGUGGAUAUGGUAGUGAAGACUCUUUGGGGUUUCAUUCUCAAGAGCCUCAUCCACAAGGAUUUCCAUGAAGCCUUUCAUAAGAUGACCGUCAUUGAUCGCUGCCUCUUCAUUUUUGUGCACUACAUAGACCGGCUGGGGAUAUGGCACCGGAUGCCGGUGUUCAUGGGGCUGAUCUACCUGGCGGUCCGGCGACAUCUGCAUCAAGAAUACCAUUUGCUGAACGUAGGGCUUAGUCCUGUCAGUGUCCGGAGCAACCCAGCCGGAGUGCCUUAUAGGACUGACGAUGGAUCCUACACUGACCCCUUCAUUGAAGAUGCUGGCAGCCAUGGAUCAUUCUUUGGCAGAAACAUUCUUCCUUUUGAUCAGCAAAAUAAGCUUCAAGAUCCUCAUCCUAUAUUAGUGGCUGAAAAGCUUUUGGCUCGGAGGAAUACUUACAAGGACACAGGGAAGCAGUUCAACAUCAUAGCAGCUUCUUGGAUUCAGUUCAUGAUUCACGAUUGGGUGGAUCACUUGGAGGAUACCAACCAGGUUGAGCUAGUAGCGCCAAAAGAGGUGGCUGGCCAAUGUCCUUUGAGUUCCUUCAAAUUCUUCAAAACAAAGGAAGAAGCCACUGGCUUCUACGAGAUCCAGAAAGGCCAUCUCAACAUUCGCACUUCUUGGUGGGAUGCAAGUGUGAUAUAUGGAGCCACAAAGGAAAAGGUAAAGAAAGUGAGAACAGGGGUAGAUGGGAAGAUUAAGAUAGCAGACAAUGGCCUUCUUCCUCAUGAUGAAAAUGGCAUUGCUAUCUCUGGCGAUGUCCGAAAUAGCUGGGCUGGUGUUUCAACGUUGCAGGCCCUCUUCAUCCAAGAACACAACCUUAUCUGUGACGCCAUCAAGAAAGAAAAUCCAGAGUUGAGGGACGAAGAGUUGUAUAGGCAUGCAAGGCUGGUCACUUCUGCUGUGAUUGCAAAGAUCCACACCAUUGAUUGGACUGUGGAGCUUCUCAAAACCGAUAUGUUAUAUUCUGGGAUGCGUGCUAACUGGUAUGGAUUACUGGGGAAGAACUUCAAGGACAAGUUUGGGCAUGUUGGAAAUUCCAUUUUGGGAGGUCUGGUUGGAAUGAAGAAGCCAGAUACUCACGGAGUUCCAUACUCUUUGACAGAGGAAUUCGUGAGUGUUUAUAGGAUGCAUCCUCUUCUUCCGGACAAGCUUCAGAUCCGAAACCUCAAAGGCGCAAUAGGAGAAAACAAACAACCUCCUUUGAAAGAAGAGAUCGAGAUGGAAAAGUUGAUAGGAUUAGAAGGUGAACAAACCUUGAACUCAGUAGGAUUGGAGACUCAAAUGGUGUCAAUGGGUCAUCAAGCUUGUGGAGCCCUUGAACUUUGGAACUACCCACAGUUUCUACGAGACCUCGUAGCCCAUGAUGUGGAUGAAAAGCCUAGGCCAGAUCAUGUGGACCUCGCUGCCCUUGAAAUCUAUAGGGACAGAGAAAGAAACGUGCCAAGGUACAACAACUUCCGAAGAGGAUUACUUCUGCUUCCAAUCUCAAAAUGGGAAGAUCUGACAGAUGAUGAUGAAACGAUUGUAUCACUGAGAGAAGUGUAUGGUGAUGAUGUUGAGGAGCUUGAUCUUCUUGUGGGUCUCUUGGCAGAGAAGAAGAUCCCUGGCUUCGCCAUUAGUGAGAGUGCCUUCAUCAUUUUCCUCCUCAUGGCAACUAGGAGGUUAGAAGGUGAUAGAUUCUUCACAACAAAUUACAACGAAGAGAGCUACACGAAGGUGGGAUUGAAGUGGGUGAACACUACUGAGAGCCUUAAAGAUGUUAUAGACAGACAUUAUCCAGAAAUGACAAGCACAUGGAUGAACUCUGAGAGUGCUUUCUCUGUUUGGAAUGACACACCCAAACCUCACAACCCUAUCCCCAUCUGGCUUCGUAUUCCUCAUUAAGUAAUUAAUCAAAGCCCUUUUGCUUUGGCUUAUGUAUGUCUUCAUUAACUUCUUAGGUCUGUGUUUCAAGCUGUGUCUUCAGUUUUAUGAGCUACCUACCUACUUGUCUUGUCCUCCUCUACUAAGGAUGCUGCCGUCUUUCUGGUCCUUCCCAUAAAAUUUCGGGCUUCUAAUGUAUGAUCUUUUUUUUUUUGAGCAAAGGCUUCUAAUGUAUGAUCUGAAAUGCUUAUAUGUGGCAUCUUUUCAAUAAUGUUAUUUGAUG